UUAUUAUCUUUGGAGACAUUCUACCUCACAUCAAACAAAAUGAGUGGGAACAUCACCACGAGUAUCGGACAGCUCAUGUCGUUGGUCUCGUUGGAUAUCUCGGAGAAUAUGUGGGAUGGUAUUGUCACUGAAGCUCAUUUGGUGAAUCUUUCCAACUUGCAAGAGUUUUCAGUUGGGAUGAAACUUAGUGAAAAUAUUACCUUGGCAUUCGAUAUCAGCCUGAAUUGGAAUCCUUCAUUCAGGCUGACAUUCUUGACUAUUCAGUCAUGCCAAUUAGGUCCUGAAUUCCCACAUUGGCUGAAGGAUCAGAAUGAGCUCACCAGCCUAAUACUCAACACCGUGGGGAUUUCUGAUGCGGUACCUGAUUGGUUUGUAGAGUUGGAUUUGAAGCUUGAUAAUCUAGACAUGUCUUUCAACAACUUGACAGGGAAAGUUCCAAACAAAUUCAAGUUCAACUUUCAAGCCAAUGUGGAUUUAACCACCAAUCGGUUCGAGGGACCUCUCCCACUAUGGCCUUCUAAUGUUACAACAUUGUAUCUGAGGGAUAACUUGUUUUCAGGACCUAUUCCUCUCAACAUUUGUGAAGCACUUCCCAAUACGGGAGACUUGGAUAUCUCCAAGAACAAUCUAAAUGGCACAAUUCCCUUAUGCAUAGGUGAUAUGAAUCAGUUAACUACCUUAGCCCUCGAUAACAACCAACUUAUUGGACAAGUUCCUGAUUUCUGGGGUAAGCUACCAUAUCUUUACUGGAUAGAUAUGUCAGAGAAUCGCCUAUCCGGACAAAUUCCACACUCACUAGGCUCUCUUGCUUAUCUGAUGUUCUUAAGACUCUCAGGCAACAAUCUCUCUGGAGAACUGCCUUUGAGUUUGAGAAAUUGCACGAAAAUGAUCAACAUUGAUCUUAGUAACAAUCAGUUGUCAGGGCUAAUCCCAGCUUGGUUAGGGGAAACAAUGAGAUCACUGUUAAUCCUUAGUGUAAGGAACAACAGGUUUUUCGGUCACAUUCCUUUAAAAAUCUGUAGCCUUUCAGGUCUUCACAUACUAGACCUUUCAGGAAACAACUUAUCCGGUUCUGUCCCGUCCUGUUUUGGAAACUUGGAAGGGUUCAAGGUUGAGCUAACUGAUGUAGAAGCUAAACAAUAUCAAGGUACAUUGAAGCUUGAGGCAAAAGGAAGAACACUUUCUUAUGAUAGAAUCCUUUAUCUAGUAAACAGUAUCGACCUCUCGAGCAACAGUUUGUCUGGUGAAAUCCCGGAAGAGUUAACAAACUUACACAAACUUGGAACCUUGAACUUGUCUAUGAACCAUUUGACAGGACAUAUACCAACAGAUAUCGGAAAGUUACGUUGGGUUGAAACGUUAGAUCUUUCAAUAAAUCAGUUAUCAGGUACUAUCCCACCAAGCUUAGCUACAUUAGACUUUUUGAGUCAUUUGAACUUGUCAUACAAUAAGUUGACAGGAAGAAUUCCUACUAGUACUCAGUUUCAAACCAAAGUUGAUCCAACAAUUUUUCAAGGAAAUGUUGCACUUUGUGGUCCUCCUUUGGAACAAUGUGUUGGUGAUAGGACUACGACGACGACAACAUCACAAAGUGGAGGAAAUGAUGAAGGGGAAACAGAUGAUGAAGAUCAACUUGAGAAAGUAUGGUUCUUUGCUGUUGUUGGUUUGGGAUAUAUAGUUGGUUUUUGGGCAUUUUUUGGCAGUUUGAUCUUCAAGAAAAGAUGGAGAAUUGCUUAUUGCAGAUUCAUUGAGAGGUGUAUUUUGGAGUUCUAUGAAAUGUCUUGUAGUUUUGUGAAAAAAAUGUUAGGAGUCUAAUAAGCUAUGUUACUCGGACUCUUCAAAAAUGU